AUGCGCUCCUCCACGCCGGCGAGCUGCGCCUCCCAAAAGCCGACUUCGAGCGCAGACGGCAGGCCGUCCGUGACGGGGCCGCAGACGCGCGUGAAGAGCUGCUCGCCUAGCGCCGCCUCAUCCUUCGCGGCCAAGAGAUCGAGUUCGGUGCGCGCCAGCUUCUGCUCCACCUCACGCAACUGCGCCUCGAUGCUCCUCACAUCCUCCGCACGUUGCUGCUCGGCCGCAUUGUCGUCCUUCUCCUUUUCCUCCACGUCUUCAAAGAGAACACCGCGGAGGGUGACCCGGGCGGCGGUGGCGUCGUCGAAGCGCACCUGCACAGAGUCACGGGAGAAGUACUCCGGCAUGGCGAAGAGGAGCUGCAGCACCUCGUUGUCGCCGGUGGUGGCUGGCAGCGCGACCGUCGCACACCGCCGCACGUGCGACCGCUGCCGAUACACUGUCAGCGCGUCCGCCUUGGAGUCGGUGCGCACAGUAACAAUAGCAGAAGCGCCACCGCUGGUAGUGUCGACUGUUCCUGCUGGCAUGUGUUUAUAUCCUUUGCUUUUUGUUCUUUAA